AUGGGCAACACUCGUUGUGAAAAGAGCAAACAGAACAAGGAUGAGGAGUUUUCCGGCAGUGACGAGACGAGAUUAGAAGCUGGUGGGGAUAGUGGGGGAGAGCCCACGAUCUGCUGUUGUAAUGCAAGGUGUUGUCUUUGCACACUGUGCAUUAUCCUACUCAUCUCAGCUCUAGCAGACCUACACGUGGCCGGUUUCUUCACAUUCAAAAAAUUUAACCUCGACAUUGCCAUAGGACUUCUGUACGUAACCGUGGCAAUCAUAGGAAUUAUUGGAUGUUGCUUCCGCAAAUCUCUCCUAGUGCUAAUCCUUGCUAUCUUCAUAGCUAUAGUAGGAGUACUAUCAGUUAUUCUAACCAUUUCGGCCCUUAUGUCAAUGAUCAACUCAGGAAGCUCAACAUUUGAAAUUGUCGUCGUCCUCUUAAUCAGGAUUUUAACUACUGCACUCCUCUUCUACAUGGCGUACGUCGCAUUUAAGCUGUCCAUGCACUACAAGAAUGGAGAUUGA